AGUGAACCCAAGGGGUCAGAACAGUGUAUCAACCAGACACAGAAGAUGGUGACACGUUUGGUGGGCCUGCUCUUCCUCUGCAGCCUUUCCUUUAGUCAAGAAUGUAAUCGGGACCUUCUCGAGAACAUAGAUUAUCCAGGAGGGGACAUAAUGUUCCUAUACGCUCCUGACGUGGAAUACUGUCAGCGGCUGUGCACCCAGCACCCCGCCUGCCUCUUCUUCACCUUCAUCCGAGCUGACUGGACCCAAGAUAACAGCCACUUCUACUGUUACCUCAAGUCCAAUCCGACUCCAGCCAGGAAACCACUACUGGGCGUCACCUCUGGUGAAUCUCUUAAACACUGCCCCCCAGAUCUAAACCCUUGCCAGGUUGAGGUGUACCAGAACGUGGACUUCAAAGGGGCAGACUACAGGGCCUUGUUCACAGCCGACUAUCAAGAAUGUCAGAGGGCCUGCACCCACGACCCUGGCUGUCGGUUCUUUACCUUUUUGAAAGUGGACUUCACACCAGAGAGAUACAGGUACAAGUGUCAUCUUAAAUUCAGCUCUGAUGUACCAAGGCCUCCUACUGUAGAAAGGAAAACUGGUGUAACAUCCGGAUUCUCCCACAGACUGCAAAUAACUCAAGACUUUCACCCAACAUGUGAGAGCAAGUUGUUUCUGAGCACUGACAGUCCAGGAAAUGACAUUGAGAAGCUUCCGUCUCCCUCUCCUGAACUCUGCCAGACACUGUGCUCUGCUCACCCUCUCUGCACCUACUACUCUUACAUCAGCCCUGACCUCAGCUGUUAUUUGAAGAACAAUCCGAAUGAAAUGGUGAUCAGAUCCAAAGAAGGGUCCACCUCGGGGUUUCCAGCACGCUUCUGCCAGCCUGAUAAAAACUGGAUUACGGUGGCUCAUGAAGGAAUAGAUUUCACAGGUUCUGACAUUCGCUUUGAGCUGCUCAGUGAUGCAGAAUCAUGUCAGAGGAAUUGCACUGACGAUCAUAACUGUCAGUUCUACACCUAUGUCGAUGAAAAUUUCUCUGUCCGGGAAUAUCGGGGCCGUUGCUAUCUGAAGCGUGUCAUCAGUGUGCCUAUUAUUCCUGAAGUCACCAAACUGUCCACUGCUGUGUCUGGAUUCUCCCUGAGGAACUGCGCAGCGUGACCUACUCAUAUACACCUGAAGAUGUACACAGACGUCUAGAUUAAACCAAAAGUGGUUUUCUUAUUGA